UUGACUGCAUUGUCAUUCUGUCCUUCUAAAGCUUUGUUGGCAGUGGGAAUUUGCCCGUUACAACCAUUGUUGAUCAGCCAGCAAUGUAGAUGCACUGCUGCAAACCCCUAACAUCAACAGGUUCAGAGAUCUUGCAAAGAAGAUUAAAACACAUCAGUUCUCUAUUUGUGAUAUAUAUAAUGAAAGCCUGAUCUGUAGCUGUUCCAAAUGAGAAGUUCCCAUUGAAGUAUGUGGCAGAGUUGGGGCUGCUCUGUAACUUAUAAUAUUGACCUGGUUGUUGAGAUAUUUACUAUAUGAAUAUACUGAUUUAGUUUAACAGGGGGCUCUAAGGAAAAAACAAGCAGGAAGGGAAACCCAAUGGCUUAUCUUGAGCCAAACACUUGAGGGUUGUUAAACAGGUAAUGCCAUUACUGGAAAAGGCUUGCACACAACAGCCAUCAACAGGACUAUAGCAUUUUGAAAAAGGAUGCCCUAUUGAGAGGUGGAAAUGAUUUGGUGAGAGAGACAGAGACAUGGGGAUCAUGCUGGGGCAUCUGAAGGAGCUAGGCCUGCCUAGGUCAUUAUCACAGAAUGGUAGGGCUUAGGUGGGAUAGACAUGCAUGUAGACUUGAUUUUGAAAUCCUUUUUCUCUAAAUUAUUUGUUUCUACUGUUAAAAUAAAGUCCCACCCCCUUUUUUUUUAAGAAUGUCAUGUGAUCACUACAUGCGCCACUGCUGGUCAUAGCUCCCCAAGGGAAGAACUGCAGUGCUGGAUCUAGUCAAACCUGCAGGAAACAACUUCUUGAGGCUGUGUGUCCUGAAAGUUACUCAGCAGAGUGAAAAGCACUUAGAGAAGAUCCUGAAUGUGGAUGAGUUUGUGAAAAGAGUUUUCUCUGUAAUUCAUAGCAAUGAUCCAGUUGCUCGAGCAAUCACACUCAGGAUGUUGGGGAGUAUGGCAUCCAUAAUCCCAGAAAGGAAGAAUGCACACCACAGUAUUCGCCAGAGCCUGGAUUCCCAUGAUAAUGUUGAGGUCGAAGCUGCUAUAUUUGCUGCUGCUAACUUUUCUGCGCAGUCAAAGGAUUUUGCUGGAGGAAUAUGUAACAAAAUCAGCGAAAUGAUUCAGGGCUUAGCCACGCCAGUGGACUUGAAGCUGAAGUUGAUCCCCAUACUACAGCACAUGCACCAUGAUGCCAGCCUGGCCUCUAGCUCCCGUCAGCUUCUCCAACAGCUGGUAACAUCCUAUCCUUCCACCAAGAUGGUCAUUGUUACUCUCCACACCUUUACCUUGCUUGCUGCUUCCUCUUUGGUGGACAUACCCAAACAGAUUCAGCUUUUGCUGCAAUACUUGAAAAAUGACCCGAGGAAAGCUGUGAAAAGACUUGCUAUCCAAGAUCUAAAGUUGUUGGCAAACAAAACCCCACAUACAUGGAGCAGAGAAAACAUUCAGGCACUCUGUGAAUGUGCUCUUCAAACUCCUUAUGAUAGCUUGAAACUAGGCAUGCUAUCUGUCCUUUCCACGCUGUCAGGAACUAUUGCCAUCAAACAGUACUUCAGCAUAGCCCCAGGAACAGCAGCUACAACAGCAAGAUCAUUUGACUUAGUAAAGCUGGCACAGGAAUGCUGUUACCAUAAUAACCGUGGCAUUGCUGCUCAUGGUGUGAGAGUUCUGACUAAUAUAUCUGCUUCUUGCCAAGAAAAAGAUCUCCUGGCUUUGGAGCAAGAUGCUGUCUUUGGCCUUGAGUCUCUUUUAGUUCUUUGUAGCCAAGAUAGCAGUCCAGGUGCUCAAGCAACCUUAAAGAUUGCACUGACUUGUAUGGUGAAGCUGGCCAAGUGUCGUCCCCAUCUGAGCCAAUCGGUGGUUGAGUCCUUGCUGACACAGUUGCACAGUGCUCAGGAUGCUGCUAGAAUUCUCAUGUGCCACUGUUUAGCAGCAAUUGCCAUGCAGCUGCCUGUUUUAGGUGAUGGCAUGCUGGGAGACUUAAUGGACCUCUAUAAAGUGAUUGGACGAUCUGCUACAGAUAAACAACAGGAACUUUUGGUAUCCCUCGCCACAGUGAUAUUUGUUGCCAGUCAAAAAGCUUUAUCUUCUGAAGUUAAAAAUGUUAUCAAACAACAGCUUGAGAAUGUCUCCAAUGGAUGGACAGCAUACAGGAUAGCCAGGCAGGCCUCCAGAAUGGGUAAUCAUGACAUGGCCAGAGAGCUGUAUCAAAGCCUGCUGACUCAAGUGGCUUCAGAACACUUCUACUUUUGGCUGAACAGUUUGAAGGAGUUUUCCCAUGCAGAGCAGUGUCUGACGGGGCUUCAAGAGGAAGAUUAUAGUUCAGCACUCUCUUGCAUUGCUGAGUCUCUAAAAUCUUAUCACAAAGGGAUAGCCUCGCUAACGGCUGCCAGCACGCCACUUAACCCUCUGAGCUUUCAAUGUGGGUUUGUCAAGCUCAGGAUUGACCUUCUGCAGGCUUUCUCUCAACUCAUCUGCACCUGUAACAGCCUAAAAACUAGUCCACCACCUGCCAUUGCCACAACAAUCGCAAUGACAUCAGGAAAUGACCUCCAGAGAUGUGGGCGCAUCUCUACCCAGAUGAAACUCUCUAUGGAAGAAUUCCGUAACCUGGCUACACGAUAUGGGGAUCUGUAUCAGUCAUCUUUCGAUGCAGACUCGGCAACUUUAAGGAAUGUAGAAUUACAACAGCAGAGCUGCCUAUUGAUUUCGCAUGCAGUUGAAGCCCUGAUUUUGGAUCCAGAAGCUGCAAGUUUCCAGGAGUACACCUCGAGUGGAGCAGCACAUGUUGAGAGUGAAUAUGAAAGAAGAAUGAUGUCUGUAUUUAAUCAUGUGUUGGAGGAAGUGGAAUCAUUGAACAGGAAAUAUGCUCCUGUGUCUUACUUGCACACAGCUUGCUUAUGCAAUGCGGUUAUCGCUUUGUUGAAAGUUCCCCUUUCAUUUCAAAGGUAUUUCUUUCAGAAAUUGCAAUCUACAAGUAUUAAGCUCGCUCUGUCUCCAUCUCCACGGAACCCUGCAGAGCCCAUUGCAGUACAAAACAAUCAACAGCUGGCUUUAAAGGUGGAGGGAGUGGUUCAGCAUGGCUCCAAACCAGGUCUCUUCCGCAAAAUUCAGUCUGUCUGUCUAAACGUAUCUUCAACACUGCAGAGCAAAUCUGGACAGGACUACAAGAUCCCCAUUGACAACAUGACCAAUGAGAUGGAGCAGAGGGUGGAACCACACAACGAUUACUUCAGCACUCAGUUUCUGUUGAACUUGGCGAUCCUUGGCACCCAUAACAUCACAGUAGAGUCCUCUGUAAAAGACUUAAAUGGUAUUGUUUGGAAGACUGGGCCCAAAACCACCAUUUUUGUUAAAUCUCUUGAGGAUCCCUACUCCCAGCAGGUUCGCCUUCAACAACAGCAAGGACAGCCACCGACACAGCAGCAACAGCAGCAGCAAAGAACAGCAUAUUCGCGUUUUUAGUCAC